AUGGCCUUCCUGUGGAUCCUCUCCUGCCUUGCCUUUGCCGGCGCCGCCUAUGGCUGUGGCUCUCCAGCCAUAUCUCCCAUCGUCACUGGUUACUCUCGUAUUGUGAAUGGUGAGGAGGCAGUGCCUCACUCCUGGCCCUGGCAGGUUUCCCUGCAGGAUUACACCGGCUUCCACUUCUGCGGCGGCUCUCUGAUCAAUGAGAACUGGGUGGUGACAGCUGCUCACUGCAACGUCAGGACGUCCCACCGUGUGGUCCUCGGAGAACACGACCGCGCCAGCAAUGCUGAGGCAGUCCAGGUUAUGGGUGUUAGCAGGGUGUUCAAGCACCCUAGCUACAACGGCUUCACCAUCAACAACGACAUCCUGCUCAUCAAGCUGGCCAGCCCUGCCCAGCUGAACAUGCGUGUUUCCCCAGUGUGUUUGGCUGCAACUGGUGACAACUUUGCUGGAGGCAUGAAGUGUGUGACCAGCGGCUGGGGCCUGACCCGUUACAACGCUCCUGACACCCCUGCCCUGCUGCAGCAGGCCAGCCUCCCCCUCCUGACCAACGAGCAGUGCAAGCAAUACUGGGGCAACAAGAUCACUGACAAGAUGAUCUGCGCUGGAGCCUCUGGAGCCUCCUCCUGCAUGGGCGACUCUGGUGGUCCUCUGGUCUGUCAGAAGGCCGGAGCCUGGACUCUGGUUGGUAUCGUGUCCUGGGGCAGUGGAACCUGCACUCCCUCAAUGCCUGGCGUGUACGCUCGCGUCACUGAGCUCCGUGCCUGGGUGGACCAAACCCUCGCUGCCAACUGA